AUGGACCUAUGGAUCUCCGCGGCCGGGGCUUUACGCGGCUUGCUUCGUGGUUGGGGGGCAAACCACGGUAGUGAGGCGAAGCGAGCAAGGGAAGCUCUUAUCGACGAAAUCAAAUCCCUCGAUGCUCAAGCAGCCUGCAGACCCUUUUUGGAGGCUGAGUGGGCUAAUCGCUACGCUCUAGAAAACCAGGUGCUCUCCAUCCUUAGGGAAGAGGAGGAGUACUGGUGCUGCGGUAGGGGCGGCGUCAAGUUGGUUACCAAGGGAGACGCUAACACCGGAUAUUUUCACGCUUACGCCAACAGGCGUAAACGAAAAUGCACGAUCCUAAGGCUUCAAGCCGAUCAAGGGGUGCUAGUUAGCCAAGCGGAUAUCUCGGCCCACAUUUACGAGUUUUUCCACAAUCUGUUGGGAACAGCUGAGGAGAAACACCUGCGCCUCCGAGCCGAUUUUUGGGGGGAUGAAGCUCGCGUUUCUCAGGCCGAAAACGACCUUCUGGACCUGUCCUUUUCCACGGAGGAAAUUGAUAUGGUUGCCGGCUCGAUGAAGAUCGAUACUACCCCCGGCCCUGUUGGCUGGCCGGUGGCUUUCUUUCGUUGUUUCUUCCCUGCAUUAAAAGCUCUAUUUCACGAUAUUAUCAACGGCUUUGCGUUAGGAACUGUAGACAUCUCUAAUGACCCACAAGUAUAG